AUGACCCAAGCAACCGACAAAAUCUACCGCUCCUGGCCGCAUGGCCCCCCGACAUACACCCAGGCCAACCCAGGCCAAGCCCGCGAUAUCACCCAGAACAGCGGCUGGAACUAUUCCCUCUUCGAUUGCUGUGACCCGGGUUCACUGUGCCUGAUGAGCUGGUGUCUCCCGUGUUUGACAUUCGGGAAAACCCAAGCUAGGAACCACGAUGCCAGUUUGGGUAGCUUUAGAUACUGUAAUUCAGACUGCACGAUUUUCACAGGUCUCGCCUUCAUUUACUCCCACUGGAUCAUCCAGACUAUUAGACGCGGUGAGAUGCGCGAACGCUUUGGGAUUAAGGGUAGCUGUUGUGGGGAUUGCUGUGUGACGUUUUGUUGUUCGUGUUGUGCUCUCAUCCAAGAGGAGAAGGAGGCGGAGCUGCGGACGAGAGCAGAGUUGGGCUAUCAGAUGACGCCGGGGAUGGAGUAUAAAUGA